GCUGGGAUUACAGGUGUGAGCCACCGCGCCCGGCCAAAAUUCUCAGUUUUUGAACCACAGGGUUCUGCACUCUCAUUUUGCUCUAGCUCCAAAAGUGAGGCAGCCGGUCCAGCCUUCGGGCAGUAGAGGGCAGGAGGGGGUGGACCCCAGCCUCCACCUGCCUGUCCUCUUCCUGGCAAGGUUCCUGAAGCUCCCAGCGACGACGCUGGGGCUGCCCUUCUGCAGGCCAAGGGAAGGACCUCAAGGGCAGGAGGACACAGGCAUUGCACCUGCCGAUGCAGUGCCUGGACGGGUGGGUGAGCGGAAUGGCCGCAACCUGGAGGCGAGACCCUACCACCAUGAGGGGAGCCGUUUCAGGGUGGCCUCAGGAUGGAGGCCGCAUGGUGAGAACCGCAGGGCUCUGCCAUGUGCCACUCUGCAAGGGGGACUUGGGGGCCCUUAGGGACCCCCAGGGAGGAGGCGUGGGGAAGACACAGGCAUGGCCUGUUCAUCUCCAUGGCGCUGGGCCUGAUCUGGUUUUAGCCCUGCCCAUCAUCUGGGCCACGGAUCCCUCUGGUGCCUCCACUCAUGGGGCUCUGAAAGCCUCUGCUGGUCUUUGUGGUGUGUUUGGUGGGUGGGGGGCUCGCUGCGUCCCAAGGAGGCGGCCUCCGGUUCGGCCCCACCCUGAUGGGUCAACACUCUGGGCCCAGGGCCCUCCCAACCCCUGGCCUCUCUCCAGCCCCUCUUUGCCUUGGGACCCCCUGUAAGUCCUUGCUGGUUGGAUUUCUCAGGCCCAGCCGCUGGCCAGGGCUCCCUUCUCCCCUUCUCCUGUGCUGAGGUUUCCAGCAGGGAAGCCUUCGCCACCUCUGUGGCUGCCCUACUCCGGCCCAGCUUAAGCCCUCCCCUGCCUCAGCUUUUGGGGUCUGGCUCCUGCAGUCAUGCAUCCCUCCUCCUGACCCUGGAGCCACUGCGUGGUCACUCCCAGAAGCUGGGGACAGUGAGGGCUGGAAACAGCCUCCAUCCCUCCCCUCGGGCUGGCCUAUGCCUCUUGGGAGGGUCCCUGAGGCACUGCCUUUAGAGCCUGGGGACACGAACCACUCGGUGGUCAACUCCAGCGACCAGAGCACGGAGAGCAAGGGGCAGCGGGGGGACGAGGCGGAUGCCCGACAGCUCGGCAUCAGCAAGGGAGCCCAAGACAGAACAAGGCACCCAACGGGUAGAACGCAGGGGCAUCCCGGGCACAGGCCCCAAAGCCACCUGGGACCCACAGCUGUUUGAUGUGCUCAAGGCUAUGACCCCAGGCUUCGAGAAAAGACUCCACCAAGUUCCAUGAGCACCUGUAGGAGAGCCGGCCUCUGGGUAGAUUUCACCCAAAGAAGCUAAAACGCUCACGUGGUGCUUAUGGGAUCACAGACAUGUUUGUCCCUGAUGCUGCAGGAGAACCGGCCACUCACAGGUGGACCUGAUGGCCAGAGCUACUAGCGGGGACCAGGGGCAACAUGGGGCCCCCUCCCCGAGCCAUGAAGAGCUGCCUGAGGCCAUCUUGGCCCUCGCACCCCAUCUCUGUCACCCCAGGCCCCUGUAACUUGCUUAACGCUUCCUGAGGGGUGGUUUGGGUUUUUUUUUUUUUUUUCUUCCUCUCCUCUUGUAGCAACAGAUUAAAAAACAACACCCUGACCCAAGCCGAGAUAGGUUCCAAACCUCAACCUGCAGCCGGAAGGGGGAAGUGAAACUCGGCUGGGGGUGGGGGCUCAGAAGCCGCCCCAGAAAGCACUGAAAGCCACAGCACGUACACCCACUCCAGGGAUCUGCCAGCACCCUGUGGGGCCCAGACUACAGGCUGAUGGCGGAGGCUUCGAGUGACCUGGGCGCCGAGGAGCGGGAAGAGUUGCUGGGGCCCACUGCUCAGUGGAGCGUGGAGGACGAGGAGGAGGCUGUCCACGAGCAAUGCCAGCAUGAGAGAGACAGGCAGCUUCAGGCGCAGGACGAGGAGGGAGGCGGCCAUGUCCCCGAGCGGCCGAAGCAGGAGAUGCUCCUCAGCCUGAAGCCCUCGGAGGCCCCUGAACUGGAUGAGGACGAGGGCUUUGGCGACUGGUCCCAGAGGCCAGAGCAGCGGCAGCAGCACGAGGGGGCGCAGGGCGCCUUGGACAGCGGAGAGCCCCCCCAGUGCAGGAGUCCUGAGGGGGAGCAAGAGGACAGGCCCGGCCUGCAUGCCUACGAAAAGGAGGACAGUGACGAAGUCCACCUGGAGGAGUUGAGUCUGAGCAAGGAGGGGCCAGGCCCAGAGGACACUGUCCAGGACAACCUGGGGGCCGCAGGGGCUGAGGAGGAACAGGAGGAGCACCAGAAAUGUCAGCAGCCCAGAACACCCAGCCCCUUGGUCUUGGAGGGGACCAUCGAACAGAGCUCGCCUCCCCUGAGCCCUACCACCAAACUCAUCGACAGGACCGAGUCCCUAAACCGCUCCAUAGAGAAGAGUAACAGUGUGAAGAAAUCCCAGCCAGACUUGCCCAUCUCCAAGAUUGAUCAGUGGCUGGAACAAUACACCCAGGCCAUCGAGACCGCUGGCCGGACCCCCAAGCUAGCCCGCCAGGCCUCCAUAGAGCUGCCCAGCAUGGCUGUGGCCAGUACCAAGAGUCGGUGGGAGACGGGUGAGGUACAGGCUCAGUCUGCGGCCAAGACUCCGUCCUGCAAGGAUAUUGUGGCUGGAGACAUGAGCAAGAAAAGCCUCUGGGAGCAGAAGGGAGGCUCCAAGACCUCAUCAACAAUUAAGAGCACCCCAUCUGGGAAGAGGUAUAAGUUUGUGGCCACCGGGCAUGGGAAGUAUGAGAAGGUGCUUGUGGAAGGGGGCCCGGCUCCCUAGGCGUCCCAUCUCGGUCCAGCCGGGUGGCACCCUCCAUGUACCCAGGGGAGAUUCCAGCCAGACACCCGCCCCCCGGCCCUGGCUAAGAAGUUGCUUCCCGUUGCCAGCAUGACCUACCCUCGCCUCUUUGAUGCCACCUGCUGCCACCUCCUUUUGCUCCUGGACCCUUUAGCCUCUCUGCCCUUCCACUCUCUGACCACCGCCCCCGCCCUCCCCACCCAGCUCUGCUUCUUGUUACUUGGGGGAGGAAAGAAACUCCUGAUCAUUGGCUAAAGGGACUUACCCCUGGAGAGGCCAAGUGCCUUCUAGGAAGUUAGGAGGUUGAGGCAUAGCCUGUGCAGAGAGGGUGGGUCACCCCCCCAGAUCCAAGGGGAAACUGCAGGUCAAGGGCUGAUAACGGCCAUGCAGGAUGCUUGAUGCUGCGUCCCCCCCGCACUCUGCUUGCCGCCCCCCACCCCGCCAUUUUGUAUAAUAAAGCUCCCUGUGUAUUCUCA